AUGAAAGUUGAAGAAAUAUGCCCAGAACAGUUCAUAGACAUUCUUUCAAAGUCCUUAAAGGAGGAAAAGAAAAUAGAGAAGCCAGUAGAAGCAGACCAUAUUAAAACCGGCCACGGAAGAGAGCUAGCUCCAGUCAGCGAGGAUUGGUACCACGUAAGAGCUGCUUCUCUCUUAAGAAAGCUCUACAUGGAAGAGCUGACCAACCCAGAAAAGAGCAAGUACGGAUUUGGUGUAAUGUGGUUCGCAAGAGCAUACGGGGGAGCAAAAAACAAUGGACACAAGCCAUCACACACCGUAUCCGGAUCAAAGAGCUUAGUUAGAAGAAUUCUCCAGUCAUUGGAAACUGUUAAGCUUGUUUCAAAGGUAUCCCUUGGAGGAAGAAAGCUCACUCAAACCGGCCAUGCAUACCUUCAAGAAAUAGCUGGUAAAGCAUCUUCUGCCUAA